ACUGAAUCAGAACCAAACAGGAACCAAGUCAUCUUCCAGGAAGCUGCUGAAGCUGAGAACCAAAAUCAGGAAAGAAGAAAACCUUUCUCAUGUGUCAUUAGUAAAAAGUGUUUGACUUUCAAAUCUGUUUUUGAUGCUCAUAUGAGAACUCAUACGGGUGAAAUGCCGUUUUCAUGUGUGACCUGUGGAAAAAGUUUUCUUCGAAAACAGGAUUUAAGUAAGCACAUGAUGAUUCAUACUGGUGAAAAGUCAUUUUCAUGCGUGACCUGUGGAAAAAGUUUUAGGCAUAAAUAUGCUUUAACUCAGCACAUUAGGAUUCACACUGGUGAAAAGCCAUUUUCAUGUGUGACCUGUGGAAAAAGUUUUAUUCGAAAACAGGAUUUAACUCAGCACAUGAUGAUUUACACUGGUGAAAAGUCUUUUUCAUGUGUGAACUGUGGAAAAAGUUUUAGUCAAAAACAGAAUUUAACUAAGCAUAUGAUGAUUCACACUGGUGAAAAGCCGUUUUCAUGUGUGAACUGUGGAAAAAGUUUUAGUCACAAACAGCAUUUAACUCCGCACAUGAUGAUUCACACUGGUGAAAAGCCGUUUUCAUGUGUGACCUGUGGAAAAAGUUUUAUUCGAAAGCAGGAUUUAACUCAGCACAUGAUGAUUCACACUGGUGAAAAGCCGUUUUCAUGUGUGACCUGUGGAAAACCUUUUAGGCAUAAAUCGGUUUUAACUCGGCACAUGAUGAUUCACACUGGUGAAAAGCCGUUUUCAUGCGUGACCUGUUUAAAAAGUUUUAGUAAUAAACAUAAUUUAACUCAGCACAUGACGCGUCACACAGUUGAAAAGCUGUAGAAUUAUGUUCCAUAAAUGUCCUAUGUUGUAUUUGUUAAAUGUGAUCAUUAUGAUCUUCACAUUUGGAUACGUAGAGAUGUUCAACCAUGACACAUUUUCCUUCAUUGAUGUUUUAUUUUUCUGGUAUAUUCUGUAUCAAAAAACAAUAAUGAUAAACUGUAU